AUGAUGGCCAUUGGCAGAAACAGCUUUGUGCGGCGGUACGGUGGUGGUGUUGUGCGAGAUGCGGCGUUUGAACAGUACUUAAGGGAUCCGGUGAAGAUGAUAGUAAUACCGGUGACGACCGAGAGAGUCUUUAUCUACCACAAGCACACGAAGGACUUUCUAAAUGAGCAUUCGUCGCUGAUUAGAUUGGAGAUAUGGCUCACAAGGAAAGCCGGUAACAUAUGGAGCAAAUUGACCGCCUCUCCCAAAAGCUACAACAAGAAGAUCGUCGCUGGGGUUAACAGGCUUUUGAUGAACAUCCCCUGGACCGAGAAUAGCCUGAAGACGAUCCCCGGAGACAACUAUCUGCUGAAACGGGUCAGCAAGAAGGAAGGACCAGAUGGAGAAGAGGGCGAGACUAAGCUGACGCUAAAAGAGUACUUGAGUUCCAAAGUGCCGUUGCGAACAAAACCACUCAAUGUUUAUUAUCCAGGCAAAAUUAUCGCUGAGAGUGCCGUUACCGCAGAGCUGCGGACUCUAUGUGAGCAGGGACUGCAGUACCAUAGAAAGCAGGCCCUCUUGUGUCUCUUGGGCCUUCCGUUGACUAUCCCGAUAAUACUGAUUCCAAUAAUACCUAACGUUCCUGGGUUCUAUCUGACAUACAGAGCCUACUGCAACCUCAAAGCCUAUUUAGGUGCUAAGCAUCUCAAGAGAAUAAUGGACACGCACACGCCUGAGCUCAGGUUCAAAGACUUAGAAGCCUACGACAAGAUAUGGACCGGCGCAAGCAAUUGUACCACGCAGAAAGAAAGGUUACUUCUGAACGAGCAGAAUCUCCCUGAGCUCCUCGAGCUUCUCGAAAUACCCGAGAUGAAAUUUGACCUCCACAAGGCUGUGCAGCAGGAAACAGCUCGUCUGAGUGCAAAUCGGUAG